GUGCGGCGCACACACUCACACUCAGUCACUGUCUCCGAGCGCGUCUCGCUCGCUACACACUCGGAGUCCAGGAGCGCGCAGGAUCCGGAGCACCGCGGAAAAGUUGCUCCGGCGCUGCUGGAGACUAAUUGCUUUGGGAAGUGCAUUUGUUCGGUGCUACAGCCGAGCCAGUGGAAUCCUGUCCUCGCGGCUCAGGACGCCGGGAACGCCGGCCGCCUCCACCCUUGGGACUAUUCACAGCCUCGGCAACAAUAGCGGCGGCCGCCCCCAGCGAGGCGCCCGGAUCUGGUGCCUGCCGGGGUCCGGGGACCCCAGGCGGCGGCCUCCGACCCCUGGGACGCGCGGCCAGCGUGGUCCUUGGGUGCAACACCAGCGUCUCUAGGAGCCGCAACCGUUUUGCCCCUCUUGGGGGCCGAUCCAAGCUCAGUCUGCAAACUCCAUCCCGUGGACUGGAAGAAGUCGCAGCGUCGACGCGGAGCACUAAGUAUCCUCCGCCGCCGAUCCCGGGACCUACAAAGCCGGGGCCGCUCCGGCCGGGAACGCGAUGCGGGUCGGUCCCGUGCGCUUUGCUAUGAGCGGCGCCUCGCAACCCCGCGGUGUGGCCCUACUGUUCCCGGCCGCCCGGGGCACCCCGGCCAAACGCUUGCUGGACGCGGACGACGCGGCGGCGGUGGCGGCCAAGUGCCCGCGCCUCUCCGAGUGCUCGAGUCCCCCAGACUACCUCAGCCCUCCGGGCUCGCCUUGCAGCCCGCAGCCGCCGCCCGCCGCUCCGGGGACCGGUGGCGGCUGCGGGAGCGCACCCGGGCCCAGCCGCAUCGCCGACUACCUGCUGCUGCCCCUGGCCGAGCGCGAGCAUGUGUCCCGGGCGCUGUGCAUCCACACCGGCCGGGAGCUGCGCUGCAAGGUGUUUCCCAUUAAACACUACCAGGACAAGAUCAGGCCUUACAUCCAGCUACCAUCGCACAGAAAUAUUACUGGCAUCGUGGAAGUGAUCCUUGGGGAGACCAAGGCCUAUGUCUUCUUUGAAAAGGACUUUGGGGACAUGCACUCCUAUGUGCGAAGCCGGAAGAGGCUCCGGGAAGAGGAGGCUGCCCGCCUCUUUAAGCAGAUUGUCUCUGCCGUGGCCCACUGCCACCAGUCAGCCAUCGUGCUGGGGGACCUGAAGCUUCGGAAAUUCGUCUUCUCCACGGAGGAGAGAACCCAGCUCAGACUGGAAAGUUUGGAAGACACUCACAUAAUCAAGGGUGAAGACGAUGCACUAUCAGACAAGCAUGGCUGUCCAGCCUACGUGAGCCCUGAGAUCCUCAACACCACAGGGACCUACUCUGGCAAGGCAGCAGACGUUUGGAGCCUUGGGGUGAUGCUCUACACCCUUUUGGUAGGACGAUACCCCUUUCAUGACUCAGACCCCAGUGCACUUUUCUCCAAAAUCCGCCGAGGACAGUUCUGCAUUCCUGAGCAUGUUUCCCCCAAAGCCAGGUGCCUCAUCCGCAGCCUCCUGAGACGGGAACCUUCAGAGAGACUCACGGCUCCCGAAAUCUUACUCCAUCCCUGGUUUGAGUAUGUCUUAGAACCUGGGUAUGUUGACUCAGAAAUAGGAACUUCAGACCAGAUUGUUCCCGAGUUCCAGGAGGACAGUGACAUUAGUUCCUUCUUCUGCUAAUCCCCCCCGCCCAAAACCUCAGAAACCUCAUAAUUCUCACACAUGGCAUUUCCAUUUCUAAAGAUGGACAGGCCCUUUGAUGUGGUGCCAGUCAGAUCGAGGACUGGAGCACGGUUGUCCCUGUGGGACUUGGUGUGGUGCUGCCCUGGUUUGGGAUGAGUGACUUGAUUGAUUUGAGUGUGGCGUGCAUGUAGGUUGGCUGCUCAGCUGAGCUGUCUUAAAUGAACCAUCAUCACUGUCCUUUCAUCAGACCUGAGGGCAGCCACAUGUUUUGAAGGGGACAUCCGGUGUGAUCAGUGUAACGAUCUUGAACAUUUGAAUGGGAAAGGAAGCAAAUCGCACAAUGGCAUUUUAAUAAGGUGGCAAAUCAUUUGGGCCAACAAUCUUGCCGUCUUUGAACUUGUCUGAGACUUGGACUUGCUACUGCAGUUUCUCUGAUCACAAAGGGGGUUUUUUGGUUUGUUUGUUUGGUGCGUCCCCCACCCUUGCCAUAGAUUCACCUGUACUUAUGCCUCUGCUCCAGUGUUGGAAUAGACUUGUUUGGAAGCUCAGGAGCCUGCCUGAAUCUGGACUCUCCUCUAUAUUCUGCCAAAACUUUGUAUGCAAUAAUGCCUUCCCCUGACCUUGAAACCUGUCCCCUGCAGCUAUGAAAGCACUUACCAGCAAAUUGUGGGAAAAUAUCAAGAGAUUCAAGCUCCUAGCUGUUUCAGAACUCCUGAGAUCAAUCAGACUGCAACGUUUUUUAAAAAUAAUAAUUUGAUCAUUGGAAGGCUUUGGCUCUUUAGGAUCUCCUCACAUAUGCUAGCACUAACCUCUUACUUUUUUCCCCCCAAGACCAUCUCAGGGUGGACAAGGGUGAGGAGGUUCUCUACGCUGCUUCCUAAGUAACACACAUGAACCAUCUUUGUGCUUCAAGGAAAGUGAAUUUGGGACAGUUUUGAAAAGAUUCUCAGGCUAACUUCCAGAAUGAUACUAGAUCCCCCUCCCCAGUGGGUCCAAUGUGCCUCUGGCAUCCUGAGUCUGAACCUGUUCAUGAUGGAUCUUCAGAUUUCACGUCCUGCAGCUUAAUGAACCCAGCUGUGGAGUAACAGAGCAAACCCUGACAACUUAGUUGGGAAGGAUGUUUAAACUCAUCUGAUCUAACUUCUCUCCUCUUGGGGUAUGCCAGAAAAUGCUCCCCCCCAUCUCAACUUUUGCAGGUGGAACCCAGCCUCUGCCUGGGUGCUUCCAGAGAUGGAAACUCACUCCCUACAAGAGGUAAAGCUUCUCAGAGAAACUGUUGCAAGUUGCAUUAAAAAAGAAACAAAUACAGAUGAAAUAGCAGUCACUAUCUGCAGCAGUGCUAAAUCAGGUGGUUAAACGGGUAACAAAACAUACUGUAUCUGGAGAAAUGGCACAAGAGCAGGCAGGCAUCUUCAAGGGCUAUGCCUAGGCAGACUACUAACAUUGUAAGAAUGCCGUGUAUACCUCACGUACUGUGUACUUUAUAUUUGUACAUAUAUUUUACCUUUUAUACUUAAGUCUGAUUGUUGUUGUUUGGCUCUGAGGCUUGUUUUGUUGUCUGUGUCUGUCUGAGUAACCUGCGUGUUUAGAGCCACGUGAAAUGUGAAUGAUGGUUGGCAAUACAACCUUGAGGGGACUGUGGGAGGGUGGACUCGGGGAGGAGGGAGGACAGGCCUCUGUCACGGUUGCUCUUGUAUCUGUGAUACAUUCCCCAGCUGAGGACUCGGGGCUGGCCGGGGCUUUUGCCAGGACAGCUGGAAACACUAGGUCUUCUGUGCGUGUGUAGAUAUGUGAUUGUGGCACGCUGCUGCUGACUUGUAGAGAAAUUUUAAUAAAUUGGUUUCGUAAAGAGG